AUGGCGAUGAUAUCACCAUAUUCAGAGACCCCCCAUGGGGUCCGAACGGCUCCGCAGAGCUACUUCGAGAUACAAGAAGACUCUUCGAAUGGCGACACACUGGCAGACCGAUAUCAGAUGCUGGAAGAACUCGGUAGUGGCUCGUUCGGCAUCGUCUACAAAGCCAUCGAGAAAGCUACUGGCGAGAUUGUCGCAAUCAAGCAUGUUGAUCUCGAAUCAUCGGAAGAAGAUCUCUCUGAUAUCCUCUCCGAGCUCUCGGUCCUUUCCUCCUGCUGUAGCCCUCAUGUCACGAAAUACCGCCUCGCUUUCCUCCGCCGACAGACGUUGUGGAUUGUCAUGGAAUACUUGGGCGGUGGAUCCUGCGCCGACCUCCUCAAACCUCCACCUCAUCGCCUGUCGGAAAGUCACAUUGCCAUCAUAUGUCGCGAACUGCUGCUCGGUCUGGCGUAUCUCCACAGUGAAGGCAAGCUCCAUCGGGACAUCAAAGCCGCAAAUGUGCUGCUUGGUAUGGAUGGCCGGGUCAAACUGGCCGACUUUGGGGUCGCGGCGCAGUUGAUGGGACUCAAGAGCGUGAGGAAUACAUUUGUUGGUACCCCGUUCUGGAUGGCACCCGAAGUGAUUCAACAGGAGGGUCACGAUGCCAAAGCCGACGUCUGGAGUCUGGGUAUCACUGCUAUGGAACUGGCCCAUGGCGAGCCUCCGCAUGCAAACGUCCACCCCAUGAAAGUUCUGUUUCUCAUCCCGAAACAACCUGCACCCAGACUCGAAGGCACACAAUGGUCCAAGGACUUCAAAGACUUUGUCGCUUGCUGCUUGACCAAAGACGUGGACAGAAGAAAAAGUGCCAAAGAAUUACUCAGCCACCGGUUCAUUCGGUCAGCAGGGAAGAUCGAAGGACUUCAAGAGUUAAUCUUGCGGAAACAAGAUUGGGAGGCCAGCAAAGGUGGAGAUAGAAAUCUCAAGUACUACGCCGAAACGCUCAAGAACCUGUCCCAAGGAGAUAACGACGACGGCUGGGUGUUUGAAACAAUCAAAGCUGUGCCCACCAUGAAUCUUAGAGAGGCGCAGACGCAGAAGAAGAGGAAGGUUUCGAGGACAACAGUCGACGUGAUGGCCGAGUCAAAGGAGAGCGCCACUCAAAUGAUGCAAAAGUUGUCUUUGGAACGUCGGCCAGAGCCCGACCAGAGCCCGACCAAGUUAACCAUGCGCAAGGUCUCCGAGUCGAAGCAACAGCAGUACCAAUCAGAUCGAAGAGACUCGGUAGAUUCUCUCUCAGGGAAGCGAACAGGCAGGAAGAGGUUAUCGAAUGCUCAACCAAGACACCCGCUUGGCGUCAAUAUGUCCUUUGGCAACAGUCCCAGCACAGUCCGACAGUUUAGACGGGUGUCGCCUAGUAUUUCUGUCACACCUGACGAAAACGAGGACCCCAACUCUAGCGUGAUCCGGACUCCUUCCAAAGCCAAGCCUGGCAUUGGUGUCUUGGUCGACUUGGAAACGUCACUGCUCUCAAAACCGGACAAAGGAUCGAGGUUCUCUACCGCUACAACACUGGCAAUGGAGUCUAAGGAAGCGAAUCUCGGCAAGAAACUAUAUAGCCAUGCCAUUGGGCUGUCAUGCCAGGACAUUCUCAACGACACGGCGGACGAGGUCAAACGGGAGGCCGUGGCAAGACUGGCUGAGGCGUUCUCGGAUUUGGAGAGUGUUGAUCCGGACGGGAUGUACCAUAUCGUGUCAUCCAUUAUUUCGAAGAUGAAACAAGACGACACGCUGAAACUGAUGCUGCCACAGCCGGUACCUGCUUCGCCGCAGAAAGUCAGUCGCUCACAGUCUUCUGAGCUGGUCGCCUCUCCCGAAAAGCCGGCUACCGCGAACGAAAGUCGCCAGGUCACACCCAGCACACCGACCAAGUCCGGGCAAACUGCCAAACUGGUGCUCGCGCAGAACAACCCGCACUUGAAGUCCCAUCGGCGACGACAAUCCGCGCAGGCCGUCAUAAGUUCUAGGAGUCCGUCACGCGUGAACUCGACAAGUGCCUCGCAGGUGAAUUCGCCUCUGCGGAACUCGAGUGCCGAGGAUAAGAAAGUGACCGGUGGGGUGGAUGAGACGGAAGAGAAAGAAAUGAUGAAAGGCCUUGUGGGUGGAUUGGAGCAUACGAGACAACUUGGCGAGAGUCUUUUCGAUAGGUGGUGUGAAGGCCUGAGGGUGAGAUGGCCCGCCGUCUGA